AUGCGUUCCUUCGCUUCUCUCUUCACGGCCACCCUCGCCGCCGUCGGCGCUCUCGCUGCCCCUACCGCCCCCGGCACCGAUCUCAUCAAGAGACAGUCUACCCCCAGCUCUCAGGGCACUCACAACGGCUACUUCUACUCCUUCUGGUCCGAUGGCGCCUCUCCUGUCACCUACACCAACGGUGCUGGCGGCUCCUACUCCGUCAACUGGAAGUCCGGCGGCAACUUCGUCGGUGGUAAGGGCUGGAAGACUGGCACUGGCCGAAGCAUCAAGUACUCCGGCACCUAUUCUCCCGUCAACAACGGCAACAGCUACCUGACCGUCUAUGGCUGGACCAAGAACCCUCUUAUCGAGUACUACAUCGUCGAGAACCGCGGCGAGUACAACCCUGGCUCUGCCGGCACCCUCAAGGGCACCGUCACCUCCGACGGCAGUGUCUACAAGCUGUACGAGAGCACCCGUACCAACGCCCCCUCCAUCGAGGGCACCAAGACCUUCAAGCAGUUCUGGGCCAUUCGUGAGAACAAGCGCACCGGCGGAACCGUCACUGUCCAGAACUUCUUCAACGCCUGGAAGAAGGCUGGCAUGAACCUCGGCACCACUUUUGACUACCAGAUUGUCGCCACCGAGGGUUACAAGAGCGCCGGCUCGGCCAACAUCAAGGUCGAGACCGCUGCUUAA